UAAAAUAAAGUAAAAUAAAAACCAAUUUAGAAUUAAACAAGUGCACAAAGAGAGAAGAGCAAGAGAAAAGUAAAACAUAUAAAUAAUAAUUUUAGAGUUCAAACACUUUAAAUGUGUUAAUUCCAUUUGACUUUGAUGGCGGAAGUGCAUAUUAUUGGACAAAUAUUGAAAGCUGUCGAUUUCGCAGAACCUCAUUUGUACUGCAAGUGGAGUGUGCAGAGCGGCAACGCUUGGCGCUUGGUUCAGGGCGAGGUGCAAGGACAAACUCACGUAUCGUCACAUCGUUUGGAGAAUAGUUCAGAUUUUGCCCAGCCCCUGGACAUACAUCUCAGUACGGCGGCAGUUCAAGGCUGGCCGAGAUUAUUGGUGGAAGUGUUUGCAGUUAAUAUUCUGCAGCAAAGUUGGCCCGUGGGUUACGGUUUUGCCCACAUACCAGCAUCGCCGGGAGGACACCGUUUGGAAAUAAACACCUGGAAAGUGGCACCUUGCGGCUGGUGGGAGAGUGUUCGCGAACGUUUUGGCGGCGGUGGAGCGGCUCUAAGUAAAACCGAUUUGCUAUACUCGGGUGUAGAACGUUACAAGCUACAAACACGUAGUUCGGGCAAAAUUAUAGUUGAUCUUAAUUUGAUUUUUCGCAAAUUUGAAGAUUAUGGAGUGGAAUUUAAAUAGUUUAACCA